AUGGCGCCCACCAAAACAUCCAAAGGCAAAGCCCGCCUCACCCCCAAAUCCACCUCCUCCUCCCCAGACACCCCCCCCAAACCCUUCCAGGUGGCCCCCCCCUCCCUCAACCCCCUAACAGAAACCCUCGACCCCUCCCACAUCUACAUCUCCCACCUCGACCCCCGCCCCUCCCCCUUCAAGCGCAAAAUCUUCCUCGUCCCCGUAGCCAUGAACCUCCUCGUCCUCGCUCUCUUCAUCCUCCGGCUCCGCUACAUCUUCCCCUGGUACCUCCAACUCCUCCUCUCCCUAUCCGGCCAAGAAAACCCCACCACCCUCCGCUUCACCGACCUCACCACCUCCCAAUACCUUUGGGUCCUCCUCCGCCGCGCCUCCACCUUCCUCCUCGACUUCACCCUCGCAAUCUUCGUCUGGCCCUGGCCCUACGAAUUCCUCAUCGGCUCCCCCCUCACCGGCUCCCCCUGCCACUGGCGCUACAAAGUCGGGUUUCGCCCCUCAGAAAUCUACCUCCGCCGCUCCCGCAAGUGGGAUGUCGAAAUCCUAGGUAAAGGUAAAGACCUCCUCGCCAACGACGACCUCCGCAAGGUGUUUUGGAACCAGAUCCGUUCCGCCACGUCCCCUAUGCUCCUGCAGCAAAAGACUGGGUACCUGACUAUGGACGCGAAUUGGGAUUUGGACUGGGCGGGUAUGGUCGCCGCCACGGAGCUGGUCGACAAGAAGGUUAUUGACGAACGUGUCUUUGGGACGUUGGUGCUGGUGUACCAUGAGAAUUUCGGGUGGUUGAGCAUUGAUCUUUCUGACACGGGGGCUAAGCCGGGGACGAAGGAGGAUGAGAGAAGGAAGCAGGUGUUCAAGUUUAGGGAUGCGCUCGCGGCGAUUGGGCAGGAGGAUUUGUUCUUUAGGUGGAUCGAGGUUGUGCAGUUUGAGACCGGGAGGCCGGGGGGUUUUACGGAGGAGAGGCAGGUAGAGGUGGCGCAGAAGAUUAGGGAUAUGUUCAAGGAGAAGGGGGUGGAUUUUGAUGAGUUUUGGAAGGAGGCCGUGGGGACGGAGGGGUUGGCUGGUAUGCCCUGA